GGCUACCAAUGUGGAUGUCCUGGAGGAUACUUCCGAGCUGGCCAAGGGCAUUGUGUGUCUGGCUUAGGAUUUGGCAAAGGUUCUUAUCUACCAGCUCCUGUGGAAGAAGAUGAGGAAAACAUCUUAUCCCCAGAAAACUGCUAUGAGUGCAAGGUCAAUGGGUAUUCAAAGAGAGGAAGGCAGCGACGCAGCACCAAUUCCACCUCGGAACAUGAGAAUCACAGCAUGGAUAGCCUUGACAUCGAUGGACCAGUUAGGAUGAACUUCAACAUUUCCCACCUGACAAUCAAAGAGCAUAUCAUGGAUUUAAUCCCAGCUGUGCAGCCACUAAUGAACCAUGUACGAUAUAUCAUCUCUCAGGGUAAUGAGGAUAGCAACUUUCGCAUUCAUCAGAAAGAGGGUCAAAGUUUCUUGCAUCUUAGCCGCAAAAAGGUAACUCCAGGUUUGUAUAACCUGGAGAUUACCAGCAUGCCUCUAUACCGCAAGAAGGAACUGCAGAAAUUAGAGGAUGAAAAAGACUUCAACUACCUCAAUGGUGAAAUAGGCCAAACACUCAAGAUGAAACUUCAGAUCCAACUUUAUUAA